UUGGCCAGUACCUGGUAUGGGCCAUUUAGUUAAUGCCCUCGCGGCUUUAAAUCAGUCCGGAAAAGUUGCUUAAUUAAAUGAAUUAAGUUGCUAUAUUAAAUGAAUUAAAAACAAGACAAUAAUACUGGAGGCAACCACGAGGGGGCGGGCGAGGGCGUUUCCUAGGGAAUGUGACGUAACGGGCCUGUGAAUCAAUGCGGUGACAACGGAGGAACGCAGUAGCCGCCGAGCGAUCCGGACUUGGCAAAACGGGUCACAAAACGAGCCGAACACGGCCUGAGAGGAAGAAGGAGUCGAUCCUCAGCCACAGAGCAUCAUGGGGAACGCGGAGAGCGGCGGCGGCGGUGGCGGGGCUGGAAGUGGCGACGAGGAAGAUGUGGAGACCGAGAGCCCGGGCUUCGCAGAAGGCAGCCCGGCCUCCGCGGCCACCGCCGCCGGCGCCGGCAGUGGCCGAGCCUCCGUCCCUGGAAGGAGCGGACGGGGAGCGGCUCACCCCCCGUUACCGAACUACGGACUGCCCUCCCCGGAGGCCCUGAUGGAGCAGGUCAAACUGAGGGAGGCGGCGGCCCGCAUGAGCGAUUCGAUGGUCGCCAUUUCGGAGUCGGCCCUUGCCCGGAACGAGAGCGCCCUGGUGCGCUGGUUAGAGGAGCGCCUUGGCCGCGGAGAGGAGGCGGUGACUCUGGAGCAGUUUUGUGAAAUGUUGGAAAGCAGGGACGCGCCACGGGAGGAGUGCGAGGAGGCGUUUGCCCAGUUCGAUGCGGAGGGCGAUGGUGUGGUCGAUGUUGAAAGCAUGCUCAUGGCUCUGAAGAACAGUAACGGUGCCAACCUGCAAGGGGAGCUCAGCCAUGUGACCAGGCAGCUACAGGCCUGCUCUCUGACCCCAGGGUUUGUGGACAUCUUCUCCAAAUCCAAGGACAGGCUGGUGGCCCAUGCCGCCAAGAUCCUGAAGUUCCUGCACAGGAACCGCAUCCCCAGCAGUGCUGUCCCGUUCCCUGCGCUCGAGGGCUACAAUAGCAUCUGCACCAUGAGGUCUUCAGUCCUGCAGGACUUCCUGGAAUACCUCCUGCAGAAAGAGAAAGACCUGGAUAUCCGGUACGGUGCUGAUCCGAGCCAGGACCCAGAGGCCGAGCGCGUGCGCGUCAUCUCGCAGUGCUAUAGCUCCAUCGAGGCCUCGUCCAAUGCCGCCGACGUCCACAAGAUGACCAACGGCGAGACGAUGUCCUUCUGGCAGUCGGACGGCAGCGCACGCUCCCAUUGGAUCAGGCUCAAGUUGAAGGCGGACGUGGUGCUGCGGCGGCUGGCCAUCGCCGUGGCGUCCAGUGACCACAGCUACAUGCCGCAGCUGGUCUCCGUGUCGGUGGGCAAGAGCCGGCGGGCCAUGCAGGAGAUCCGCGACGUGCGCGUGCCCAGCAACGUGACAGGCUACGUGGCCCUGCUGGACAAUGCCAACAUCAGUCAGCCCUACGUUCAGAUCAACAUCAAGCGUUGCCUGAGCGACGGCUGUGAUACACGCAUCCACGGUCUGAAGACCAUGGGCUACCAGGUGACCAAAAACAGGGAGGUGUCCGUGUCAGACGCCUCCGCUAUCUGGUACCUCUCCCUCCUCACCUCCCUGGUGACGGCGUCCAUGGAGACCAACCCCAUCCUCGCCCAGACCGUCCUGCAUAGCACACAGAAGGCCUUGCAGCACAUGCCUCCACUCUCCCUGACGCCCUCCUCCACCGACUUCCCCAAGUUCUUCUCGGCCAACGUCCUGGAGGAGGUGGACGCCUUCCUGCUCCGAAUAGCAGACUGCUGUGACACCCCAGAUGCCGAGCUGACCCUUCUGGCGUUUGCCCUGGCCCGGGGCAGUGUGGCCAAGGUCCUGCUCUCUCUGGCUGGCAUGUGUGAGCGCGGGGGCUCAGAGUACCACGCCUCCUCCCUGCUGGCCUCCAUGGCCUCGGUGCGCCUCCGCCUGCUCUACCGCAACGGUAAACCUCUGCAGCUGCACCUGCAGGCGUGUGACGCAAAGAGCCGCGAUGACAAAUGUGGCCCUGAGAACAUGCUGACGGAGCCCACCACCGGAGACGGGUUCCUGACCGAGAGCGGCAAGAGGAGGGCCAGCGUGAUCCUGUCCACUGAGGACCAGACGUGCUUCCAGGUCACGCAGCUCCGGGUCAAAGUGCGUAAGGGGGCCAUAGGUGCUAAGUGCGGCUUGGUGUUCGCUUAUAACGACCCUGAUGCGUUCGACGCAGACAAACACUUUAAGAGGUUCAGGAAAUAUGACUCCUGGUCGUUUAAGGACUACAAAGAGUUUGUCCAAGACAGACAGUGCAGUAGUGGAGCAACAGAAGUGAGGGAGGAGGAGCCUGUGGGCUGGUUUGAGCUGGAGGAAGACUGGAAUGACAUGGAGAUCAAACUGCAGCAGUGCCGAGUAUCCAAUUUCCUGAUGGUGAAGUUCGUGUGCACGCGUCAGGAGGUUGCCGAGCGGCUGGGCGUGCAGCAGCUGGACCUGAGUGGCUACCUGUGCCCCGCCACCGAGCGCCUGCACGCGGCGGAGGAGCUGAGCGGGCAGGCCCCGGGGGCCGAGCGUGGCCCCCACACGGCAUUGGCCCUCAUCACGAAGACCCUCGACUUCAUCAAGCAGCUCACGCGAGACAUGGAUCUGUCGCUGCACAAGCAGAAGGCACUGUUGGACUUCAGUGGGCUGAACCUGGUACUUUUCUGGGACUUCUACAGCAAGCUCAGGUCUAUACCUGGGGAGGAGGCACUGAAGGCUCGGGUCCUCCUGCUCCGGCUCCUCCAGAACUGCUUCCCGGCUCUUCCCGCUUUGCCGGAGUCCCGGGACCCCCUGGAGAGCACGGACUCUUCCCCAUUGCCGUCAACGUCUGCAGGAACGACAGUGAGCGGAGACGUGGACCCAGCCGAUGCCGUGGGGGAUCUCUACAGCCACUUGUGUCAGGUGGCAGAUGGACCUGAUGGUGAGUCUGUGGUGGAGAAGGCCCUCAGGGCAGAAGCGGUCAGGGCCAUCCUCAGCGGAGCAGCCAUCUUCUACCCAGACAAACAAAGCCGACGAGACAAGCUGUUCGACAUGAUGAAGAACAUAACGGAAGAGGACCAGCCAGAGUCAGUUAAGCUAACAUUUGAGUCGCUCUGCAAUUAUUUCAGUGAUCAGGACCCGAGUGGGCUGCUGCUGUUGCCUCCCAAAGGGGCACCUGCGGACUUUGACAUCUCCCCCAUCCUCACCGUCAUGGACACACUGCUCCUGGUGGCCGCUCGAGAGUGCGAGGUAAUGAUGGUGGACUCCAGUGGUGGUCCCAGCCAGAAGGUCCUGCUCUCCUUGUUCUGGGCUCUGCAGGGCAGCCUGCUGUCUUGGUGCUUCCUGCAGCUCAAAGGCGCAGCGUCCACGGCCACCGAGCUGGCCCGAGGCAUCCUCGUCCGAUACGUGGAGCAGUUCCUGUCGGGCACGCGGACCGUGCUGCUCGCCCUGCUGGAGAGCCACUCCGGCCCGGCCAUCGCCACCAACCUCGGCGGCGCCAUCCUUGCCACGGCGACCAGGCAGCUGGUCAUCUUCCUGCUGGAGCUGUGUGCCCUGGAUAUCCCGCACUGCACCCUGCUUGCCAGUUUCUUCACUCUGCUGGAGCUACUCAAGGAACUGUCCAGCGGGACAGAGGACAGCUCCAAGGUUGAGGAGUCCUGCCAGCACCCCCAGCAGCCCGUGGUGCUGAGGACGUGGACCAUGGAGUCGCCUCACGACUACGAGGACAGCAAACACGAGAACACCAUCUUCCUCUGCCCCGGGGCCACCUCCUUCGAGGUGGAGUUCGACGAGCGCUGCGAGACGGAAAAGAGGUACGACUAUUUGGAGUUUACAGAUUCCAGAGGUGGUAAAGUACGGUAUGACAUGAAGGUCGGCACCGAGAAGUGGCCCAAGAAAGUGACGUUCAAAGCAGGCCACCAGCUGCACUUCCUCUUCCACUCGGACAGCAGCAACACGGAGUGGGGCUAUAAGUUCACGGUGACGGCGUACGGCCUGCCCGAUGUAGCCGUGUCCUGGACAUCAGACCUGCAGCUGCUCGUAUCGCGUCUGAUGGGUCGCCUGGCGUCCCGUGCCAUGGCACUGAAGUCAGUCCCAGGUUGCUCGGAGGCUCGGGCGGGGAAGGAGCUGCCUCCAGCCGCAACUACUCACGUCCUCGCCUCGCCCCUGUGGAGGCCCAUGUUCAGGCACGGCCUGAGCAGACUGGUCCGGUCACAAGAGUCCCAGAAAUUGAACGAGGACACACAGCAGGUAAAACUGGCCCCUGCUGGUGAUGAGCUGGUGGAGUUCCUGCUUGAGUUCGCUCACUGGGAUCCUUCCCAGGAUUCCUGUGACGGCAGGGCGGCGCUCAUGCGGAACCUCAUGCUAGCGUGCAAGAAGCACCCAGUCCGGAACGAGAUCGCUGCGGGGUCAAAGGUCGAUCAAGCGGUGAACGCAAUCUGGGCAGCAAUGGUGUACCACACACCAGCCCUCUAUGCUUCUCUGAAGAACUUUGUGCUUCAGUGUGGGCAGACAUGUGUGAGCGAAGACCUUGUGCAGCUCUACACAUUCGCCGACGGCAUCAGGACAUGGAUGUUGGAGAUGAAACAGCGCUCUCUGGUGGGCCAAAUUAAUAUAGCAGAUGAGAAGGGGGAUUUUCAGAGCGAAGUUACUAUGGAAUCUUUGGCUGAGAUGUGCAUCAGUAAGAGCUUGCUCCUAUUUCGGUUUACCCCUGCUGGCAUCACCUCGGCUCCGCCCCCCAGCCCCAAGCCGGCAGAGGGCGCCGGCCCCCUCCUUCGAUCCGUCUCCGUAUCUGAAGGGGAUUUCCAUCCUUGCCCCUCCCCCACCACCUCCCAGGCUCCUGCGGGGCCGGGGAGCGAGGCAGCGGCGAUGGCCUCCCCAGUCGAGGCCCACCCUGUCCGCCUGCAGACCCAGGACUCGUCCGCCUCAGACCCCGGCGCCUCUGCCGGAGCCCAGGGCCUCAGGGGCUCCACCGAGAGCAUCCCCUCCCAGCCGGGCGAGCCCCUGUCCCCGCAAGCCUCGUCCCGCCGUGCACCUUUCACCCGCGGCCGCCUCCGGUUGCUGUCGCACCGCUCGGUGGAGGAGAACCGUGCCGCGCCGCCCGUCAAGGAGAGACACCCCCUCCUCAAACACAUCCACUGCUUCAUGAAGGACACGGGAGUCAGCGAGAGCAACGUUCUCCAGACACUCGACUUAAAGAAGGCCCAGGCCAUGAGCGUGUGUAAGGUGUUGGAGAUGGUGCAACAGUGUUUACUGUCCCUGGGGAAACCACACCUGUUCCAGGCCCCCUGUGUUCUGUUCCUCCAGGAGCUGCUCGCGUGUCAGAAGGAUUUCACCAAUUAUUUCUCCCAGCUGUCAGGCUGUGGGCCGGCGCUUAAAGAUCAGAUCAGGCGUUCGUAUCAUCAGCUGAUUCUCAUGUUAGUGGAGGCAGUGCAAGGCUUCAGUGCCCUCAGUGACAAGGCCCUGCUGCCUGCCCUGUCGUGUGUGCAGACAUGUCUGCUCCACCUACUGUCCAUGAGCUGGGAGGCCCAGGACCUCCCGCUGUUCAUGUCCAUCCGCCUGCCUGACCUGCUGCUCACCAUGUCCCAGGAGAACAUCAGCGUGCACGACAUUGCCAUCAGCCAGUGGACUGAGGAGGACGAGAUCGCCGACUACGAGAGGAACAGCGAGUGGAUGGACGAGUCCAUGGAUGGCAUGUUCGAGAAGUGGUUCGACAAGAUCGCGCAGGCCUUGCCAGAGGACCGCCGAAAGAUGCACAUGUUCAUCGCACGCUACUGCGACUUACUCAACGUGGAGAUCUCGUGCGAUGGCUGUGAACGGAUCGCCCCGGGUCACCGCUACCGCUGCCUGCAGUGCACCGACAUGGACCUGUGCAAGACCUGCUUCCUCAGCGGCGCCAAACCCGAGGGCCACGAGGACGACCAUGAGAUGGUGAACAUGGAGUACGCCUGCGACCACUGCCAGGGCCUCAUCGUGGGCAGCCGGAUCAACUGCAACGUCUGCGAGGACUUCGACCUGUGCUUCGGCUGCUACAAUGCCAAGAAAUACCCGGACAGUCACCUACCGACACACCGCAUCACGGUCUACCCCAUGGUGACCAUCCGUAUCAGCGACCGCCACCGUCUGGUGCAGCCCUACGUGCACAACUACGCCUGGCUGCUGUUGGCGGCCCUGGCCCUGUUCACCUCGGAGCUGGGCAGUGAGAGGGAGCUGGAGGGCGAGCCCCUGGACGCGGCCGCGCUGCGCCACGCCGCCCGCCUGCAGGCGCGCUGCUCUGAGCUCAUCACCGAGUGCCUGACCAAGGGCCAGACGGGCAAAGGUCUGCGGGCCUCAGCCCUUUUGUCCCUGCUGUCCUCCAGUGAGACUGCCACAGAGAGCGAGCUGUGUCCCACCACCCCCGAGUCCAGCCAGGAGAUCAGCACCACGGACACCUCCUCUCUCCCCGGCAGCACCACAGCCAUCUGCUCGCCGCCGCCCCCUAAAGACAAGAAUAAGAUGGUGGACGAACCUGCUCUUCCUAAAGCCCCGUUGGCAAAGGAGGAGAAAGAAGGCCAAAGGAACCUGGUUUCCCAGGACACGCUGGACUCUCCCAGCCUGAGCCAGACACCAUCAGUGUCUAGCGAGGACACCCUGUCUCCCGGGCUCGGAGCUGCUGACUCCAGCAGGAGCGUGAGCCGAGGGCAGCGGGAGGGGCCUGCCGGCGUGCCGUUGCAGGAGCAGGUGUUUGCAGAGUGCUCCAGGGAGAGGAUCCUAGGACUGCUGGCAGCCAUGCUGCCCCCGGCCAAACCGGGCAGCACCAUGCCCCUGCGCAGCCUGAGUGCCGUGCUGCCGCUGCUCUUCCGCGUGGUGGUGUCCAACGCCGGUUGCCUGAACGAGGCCUACCACCUGACCCUGGGCCUGCUGGGUCAGCUGCUGCAGCGCCUGCCGCCCGCUGAGGCGGACUCCGCCGCCGCCCAGGCCCUGGCCGACAGGAGCGAGCUGCUCCUCCCGCCGCCGUCAGAGGGGGGCGCCACCCAGCUCCACGGCUGGAAGACCACGCAGCUGCUCUUCAGCCUUGGCGCCGUGUGCCUGGACAGCCGCAUUGGGUUGGACUGGGCGUGCUCAGUGGCGGACAUACUGAGGAACCUGAACGCGUGUCCGCAGUGGUGCGAAGUUAUCGUGGCCUUCACCGACCACUGUAUCCAGCAGUUACCACAGCAGCUCAAACGAACCAACGUCUUCACGCUGCUCGUGCUGGUGGUCUUCCCUGAGGUGCUAUGCAUGGGCACGCAGUCUGUGUUCGUGGACAACGCCAACGAGCGGCACAACGUCAUCCUGCUGAAGCACUUUACCGAGAAGAACCGGGCGGCCGUGGUAGACGUGAAGACCCGCAAAAGGAGGACGGUAAAGGACUACCAGCUGGUGCAGGCAGAGGAGACCCCGCCCCCUUCACCAGGCUCCGCCCAGCCAGGCCGCUACCUGCACAGCUUCAUCAGCAUCAUCAGCGAGCUGCUGCAGACGGGUGUGGACAGCAACGCGUCGGACGCCGUCGAGGCCACCUGGGUACUGUCGCUUGCACUGAAGGGCCUUUACAACACCCUCAAGAAGCAUGGCGGCAGGCGUGCCCAGGCUGCUGUGCAGGGCGCGGGACUCGCCCAGCUCCUGAUGCGUAAGGGCAGCAAAGGCACAGGCUUCAGCAAGACCUGGCUCCUGCGCGACCUGGAGGUCCUCUCCGUUAUGCUCUACUCGUCCAAGCGCGAGAUCCACUCCAUGGCCGAGGAUGCAGACGCCAUUGACAGCAGAGCAUGCGUGCGCGACUUGGAGCGCGAGCGGGAGCGCGAGCGCGACUCGGACCACUCCAGUUGCUGCGGUGCCGACGACGCCGACCCUGGCCGGCCUGACCCGCUGGAAGGGCUCGACGAGGAGACCAAGGCCUGCUUCCAGCUUACCCACGAUGCCCUGAACGCCCCGCUGCACAUCCUGAGGGCCAUGUAUGAGCUCCAGAUGAAGAGGACUGACUCCUUCUUCCUGGAAGUGCAGAAGCGAUUUGACGGAGACGUGAUAAAGACAGACGAGGCGAUCCGGACACUGGCGCAGAAGUGGCAACCGGCCAAGCGGCCGCGCUCCGAGGAGCGCAUCGCCAAAGCCGUGGACACGGAUAUGAUCAUCGUCCCUUGCGUGUCUAAGCCAAGCCACUGCGAGCGCGCUGCGGAGGAGACCAACGUGGUGAUGGAGAAGCUCAUCACGGUGACGGAAAGCGAUCUGCAGCUCAGCUACGCCAAGCAGCGCCGCACCAAGAGCUCCGCCCUCCUGCACAAGGAGCUGGACGCGCGCAGCAACAAGGCGGUGCGGCAGUACCUGUUCAAGGUGAACGAGGCCAUCAGCAUCCUGUACGCCCGCCACGUGCUGGCCUUGCUGCUGGCCGACUGGCCCGACGACGCCCCCAUCAGGGAGGAGGACCUGGAGCUGAGCGGAGCCUCCCACAUGGCCUACAUCCUGGACAUGCUCAUGCAGCUGGAAGAGAGAGCCCUGUGGGAGAGGAUUCUUCACAAAGUGUUGAAAGGCUGCACCCAGAGCAUGCUGGGAAGUCUCUCUCUGACAGCGUGCCAGUUCAUGGAGGAGCCUGGAAUGGCCGUGCAGGUCCGCGAGUCCAAGCAUCCGUACGACAACAACACCAACUUUGAGGACAAGGUGCAUGUGCCCGGGGCCUUCUACCUGGCGGUGAAGUUCGAUUCGCGCUGCCACACUGAGGAGGGUUGUGACGAGCUGCAGUUGGCCAGCAGCGCCGACUUCCAGCAGGACCUGCACACCUUCAGUGGCCAGAAGUGGGCCGACGUGGAGAUCCCGGGGGACACUCUGUACUACAGGUUCAUAUCAGACAUGAGCAACACGGAGUGGGGCUACAGGUUCACUGUGACCGGAGGCCAACGCGGACGCUUCCAGACUGGUUUUGAGAUCCUCAAGCAGAUGCUGGUUGAUGGCCAGGCUCUACCAUUGGCUGACAUCUGGGAGUGGCAGGUGGGUGUGGCCUGCCGGCAGACUGGGAGCCAACGGCUGAAGGCUAUUCACCUCCUCCUUCGGCUACUGCAGUGUCCUUCUCAGUGGAGCUGUGAUCUGACUCUGCUGCGACCCCUGUGGCAUCUCUUCAUCAGUAUGGAAAGUGGCUUGAGUCACGACCCCACCAGCAUCACGGUCCUUCUACCCCUCCACCGUGCCCUCACCGAGCUCUUCUUCAUCGCAGAGGCCAAGGCCAUGGAGCAGGGCGUUCUGCAGGAGUACCUGCUGGCCCUCACCACCAACGAGCAGCUCGUAGUACGUACCGCCCAGGCCCUAAAGAACAUCGCAGCCAUCAGUCUGGCCAUCAAUUAUCCAAAUAAAUCCACCGGUCUGCUGAACCUCACCCCGUGAGCGAGGGGCCUAGCCGGGCCGUGGGCCACCGCGUCUGUGCCGGGGAGCCCCUCACGCAGUCUUCCACAGACCAGCGCCCUUCAGGAACAGGAAGAGGGGACGUCUGACGCUCUCGUUUCUGUUGUAACGGUCCAAUCAGUGGGGCACGUCCGAACCCUUACCGUAAACGCGACCGGUCACCUACGAUGAGACCAAGGAUUUUCCAUAUCCGGAUGCCUUGCGCAGAGUGGGAAGAAAGAGUUCUCGUUUUUCUUGCGCUCUCUUGAUUUGAUUUAUCCGUUUUUACUUGAAGCAGCUCCAGAGUUUAAAACGAGUCGGCGCGGUGUGCCAAAUUCGCCGGCGUUCCUCCGCAAAGCCGCUCGGUUUCUUUGAUUUAUUCAGCGCUUUUUCAACGUCGGCAGGGAAAAGGAGGGGAAUGGACGCACCUUGGGUGAGACAAUCGAUCAUCGUGAAAGCGGGUCACCUUUCUCCGCGGACGCGCACAGCCUAAAAAUACGAGCGGUCCGCGCGGCCCCAUCCGUCAGAGUGGCCCGAGACUUCAGCUGGUGGCGUGGGCGAGAACUCGGAACCACAGCGACGGGAAGCUAAACUCCUUCGCUGCCAAGCGCCGCCCGGACCGCAAGAGCUUCACGCUAUGUGCUUCUCACCUUUUACCGAAACGAACGGGUUGGAACCGAUUUUCCUUUUUUUUUUUUUUCCUUCUUCUUUUUCUCUCCUUCUUUCAUCGACAUGGUCACUCCGCCUGUACGCUGUAAACCAGUAACUACACUUGAAAAAAGAAUAUCGCGUUCUUCUCAAUAUUGGUCAACGUCGGAUGCGCGUUCCGUGCGCGUUAGAUUGACGUGCCCUGCAAACACGGUGGGCACCCCCCGGCCUUGGAAUAAAUCCUCACACUAAUCCCGACUAUAAAAAAAGAUCUUUAAAAAACCCAGAGCAAAGGAAAGGUUUCUACUGCUGAACCUCUGUGCUGCACGUCUGUCCAGCACAGAGCAGGUCUUUUUGUUCCUCGUUUGGACCGUUGCCAUCGCAUAAUUUGAGGUCUCAAAAUCUUGACAUACCUUUUUGAUUCUGCAUCCACUCCCCACGUAGCACCUGAUGGUGUAGUAUAUGCAACAUGAACGUCUGCAUGGCGUGGGGAGCGAAGCUGUUUUGCAUUUGAGUGGAAUUCUCAUUGAGCACACAUGCAAACGGCUGUGAAUGGGUGCAAACUGUCGGAAGGGGUGCAGGGCUGAAACGCCAGCAACCCGAGGAAGGUCUCAUAGAGGGUUUCGCUUUUGGUCCGGAAUUGAGUACUGGCUGAAGGUGUUUAUUUUCCGAUUUGCAGAAUUAGAUAAGUUACUAUAUCGAAACUGAAAUCUUUUUUUUGUUUUGUUAGGGAGUGACCCCCAGUCAAAUAGUGUUUUCAUGGAGCACCCUAAUAAUCAGAUGUGUGAUACAGCAGUAAUCAUACAUAUUUUGUUUUUAGUUUGUUGUAGUGAGUAUGCCAAAGAAACCUCUAUUAUAAGAAACACUUCUGACAUACAUUUGUGACCUGUGUUCAGGAACGCUGGUAUGUAUCUUUGGCUCUUCUAUCAGGACAGUGGGGAAUGAAAAUCACUCUUAAGAUCCUUCUUUACUUUGCUGACUGAAGACCACCCCAAGUGGUUGGGGUGGGUACAGACCCUUUAGACUUCAGUGCUUUUGUUUACAUAUAUCCAGUCCUGGAGAGUUAGCCACAUCCUGUGCCUCAGCUCAGUUAUAAAGAUGGCUGCCAGAUCGAAGCCUCUCUCAAAGCCUCAGAUAUUAAAGAAUUUAUGUGCCUAUGUUUGAAAUGAAGCAAUCUUUAAUUUAACUCUUAUCUCUUUGGAAGAGAACUACUCAACAGUUAUAUUUUUAAAAGAGAAUUCAACGGCUUAAUUUGAAGCAUUUUCUUUAUAUUCUUGAAUGUUGUCUUUAACCGUUUCUUUGAAAGUGCAUUACUUUCGUUGAUGUUUAAUUUGAAAUCGUUUGGGUGUAGCUGUGAAGAAUAAUUGCACAUAUAGGGAAAAAUCACAUCAACUUUCACCCCUAAAUAUGGAAAAAAAAAAUAUAUUGUUCUUGGUCAACACCUGAUUUUCUAUGUCAUGGCAUAAAAGUUUAUCUGUAAUUUGUUUUUAAUUAAAAUUGUUAUGAUGCUCUGGUAAA